CACUCCCUUUCCCUUCCCCUUUUCUUUCGUGUGUGUUGUUGUGUGCUUCCAUAGAUUCUUAUCUCAUUGCAUUGCAGCACCUCCCAAAAGGGAAGGGAAGGGAAGGGAAGGGACACAACAAAAUGGAGAAAGCUCUCACAAAAGUUAGCAGCUUGAAGGUGGGAUUGGGGGGUUCAUGGAUUACCAAAAAGGCCAAGGAGGAGUUUUCUAAUAUCUCUGAAGACAUCUCUACUUUCUCAAAUACCGUUGAAGAAAAGGCAAAAUGGAUUUUCAACAAACUAAAAGGCAAGCCACUGAAAAGCCUACCAGAUCUCCUCCGAGAGUACAAUUUACCACCAGGGUUGUUUCCCCAGAAUAUAAUCUGUCAUGAGUUUGAUGAAACCAAGGGAAAGCUGAUUGUCUACUUGCCAUCUGCAUGUGAGGUCAGCUUCAAGGACUCCUCUGUGAUGAGGUAUGCAACCCGAGUCAAAGGGGUUCUUACAAGGGGAAAACUUUCAGCAAUAGAUGGAAUGAAAACAAAGGUUCUUGUAUGGGUUAAGGUGACAACUGUGGCAGUUGAGGGUUACAAAUCUGAUAAGUUAUGGGUUACUGCUGGUGUAAAGAAGUCAAGGCCAAAGGAUGCUUACGAUACACCUAGGGAUGCUGUUAGAGUAUCAGAAUUCUGAGUUUACAAUAUUGGUUAUUAUUCUCAUUACCAUUACUAUGGAAUAGGUAGUCUAGAUUUUUGGAAUUGUUUACACAGAGGUAAUGGAGUUUGCAUCCUCCUCUUUAUAUUAUCUAGAAAUACUGGAUGUAAUGCGCUUCUGGCCAUUCGUUGUUGUCUCAUUGAACGCAAGUUAUUUUGCCAAGCUCAA